UGCGCGCUGCCCGCCCCGGGGCGUGCGCCGGGCGCUCCGGCACCGCCGGCACCGCUCCCGCGCGGCCCUUCCCGCGCCCGCCGCGCCACGGAGCCGCCGCGGAUGCUGAGCGGAUUGACCCGGCCGAGCGGGCAGGAGAAAACCCGGCCGGAUCCGCAGCCGUGCGGCCGCGCUGUAAACAAUGAGCUCGGAAGCGGCUGCUGCAGUUCCCAUGCCGUGAAGACGGGAGCCGGGCUCCGCGGGAGGAGGAUGCGUGCCUGGAUGUGAGCCGUGCCUCGGCGCCUCUCCGGGAUGCCGCUGCCAUGGACGCCGGCCGCCGGCGGGGAGCGCAGCCAGAGCCCAGCCUGACCCCGCCGCAGAGCGGGGUGUGACACCGGAGCCUUUUUUUUUUUUUUUUUAAUUACUAUUUAUUUAUUUCAUUAUUUUUUAACCGGGUUGCAGUGUUUUGUGGCUCUGCGUUUCCAGCCACCCGCCAUCCAUCCAUUCAUCCAUCCACCCGUCAUCCAUCCCUCCCUCUCGGCGCCGAUGCCCGCGGUGGCCGCCGCUGCCUGAAGGGCAGAGCCAUCAUGUACCUCCUGGACAGCAGCGAGCCGCCGGCCGCCGCCGCCUCCUCCCCCGAGAGGAUGCAGCGGGGCACCCCGCAGAGGAAGACCGUGUACCGCAUCUCCGUGACCAUGGUGAAGAAGGAGCUGCUGGGGCCGGAGAGCGGCCGCGCCGGCCCCGAGCUGCCCCGGCGCGGGCGGAGCCGUCCGCCGGGCUCCUCCAGCCUCACCAGGGCCGGGCUGCUGCUGCUGGAGGAGGAGGAGGGCGAGGAGGAAGGCGAGGAGCGGGACACGGUCCCCAGCCCCUGCGGGUUCCGCACCUUCAGGACGCUGAGCACGGGGCAGCUGGAGCUGGGCCGCCUCAAGGUGCCCAGGAGAGCGGGGCCGCCCGUGCCCGGGGCGCCGCGGGGCAGCGCCGGAGCCGGAGAAGCCGCGGCGGCCGCCGCAUCCCCGCCCGGGGAGGAGGAAGACAAGGACAGAGGGCCCGGGGAGCCGGCCCCGGGGGAGCGGGGCCACAGCCCGCGGCGGCAGCCGGGGCUGCUGCGGCGGAGCUUCAGCUUCAGGCACUGGAGCGGCGGCGGCGCGGAGCCGGCCCGGGUGCGGCGGCACAGCAGCUCCGGGUGCCUGCCCGGGCCGCCGCCGCCCUCGCCGCCCGCCGCGCUCUCCGCAGAGCCCCCCGAGAAGCGCAACACGCUGGACGUGGGCGAGGUGCUGAGCCAGGCGGACCCGCUGUCCCGGCUGGAGCGCUGGGAGCGCAGCAAGAGCAAGAACCGGACCCUGGAUAACAGCGACCUGCAGCGGCUCUCGGAGCGGCUGGGCCGGGAGGGCCCCGCCGCCGGCACCGAGCACCGGCUCCUGCGCUUCUUCAGCGGCAUCUUCGCCCGCAGGGACGGCCCAGCCGCUCUCUUCGGCAGCCCCCACGGGCGCUCCCCCCGCAGCAGCUUCUCCAGGUCCAGGGCUUAUUUUAGCAGCCUCAGGAGAGCUGCCGUGGACAUGCAGUCGAGCUCCGAGAGCAUCAACGGGUCCCCCCAUAAAGAUGCCUUUGUAAAUAGCCAGGAAUGGACACUGAGCCGAUCUGUACCGGAGCUGAAAGUGGGGAUCGUGGGUAACCUGGCGAGCGGGAAGUCUGCGCUGGUGCACCGGUACCUGACGGGCACCUAUGUCCAGGAGGAGUCACCUGAAGGUGGGAGAUUCAAGAAGGAGAUAGUGGUUGAUGGACAAAGCUACCUGCUGCUGAUCAGAGAUGAAGGGGGCCCUCCGGAGGCACAGUUUGCCAUGUGGGUGGAUGCUGUUAUCUUUGUGUUCAGCUUGGAGGAUGAAGUCAGCUUCCAGACUGUUUACCACUACUACAGCCGCAUGGCCAACUAUCGCAACACUAGUGAAAUCCCCAUGGUCCUGGUGGGCACCCAGGAUGCCAUCACCUCCACCAACCCGCGGGUCAUCGACGAUGCCAGAGCCAGGAAAUUGUCCAACGACCUCAAGAGAUGCACUUACUACGAGACCUGUGCCACCUAUGGGCUCAACGUGGAGAGAGUCUUCCAUGACGUUGCCCAGAAGAUCGUUUCCACCAAGAAGAAGCAGCAGCUCUCAAUCGGACCCUGCAAAUCUCUGCCCAACUCUCCGAGCCACUCCUCCGUGUGUUCUGCCCAGGUUUCUGCCGUACAUAUCAGCCAGACCAGUAAUGGAGGAGGGAGUUUAAGUGAUUAUUCCUCCUCUGUCCCAUCAACUCCAAGCACCAGCCAGAAGGAGCUGCGGAUUGAUGUUCCUCCCACUGCCAACACACCAACUCCUGUCCGUAAACAGUCCAAGCGCCGAUCCAACCUCUUCACGUCUCGGAAAGGGAGUGACCCAGACAAAGAGAAGAAGGUCCUGGAGAGCAGAACAGACAGCAUUGGAAGCGGCCGCGCAAUCCCAAUUAAACAGGGGAUGCUGCUAAAGCGGAGUGGCAAGUCCCUGAACAAGGAGUGGAAGAAGAAAUACGUGACACUGUGUGACAACGGCGUGCUGACCUACCAUCCCAGCCUGCACGAUUACAUGCAGAACGUUCACGGGAAAGAGAUUGACUUGCUGAGAACCACUGUGAAGGUCCCCGGGAAGAGGCCACCCCGAGCCACAUCAGCCUGUGCCCCCAUCUCCAGCCCCAAAACCAACGGCCUCUCCAAAGACAUGAGCAGUUUACACAUCUCACCAAAUUCAGGGAACGUGACUACUAGCACAUCUGUGUCUCAGAUGGCCAGUGGGAUCAGUCUGGUGUCCUUCAACAGCCGCCCGGACGGUAUGCACCAGCGCUCCUACUCGGUCUCCAGUGCAGAUCAGUGGAGCGAGGCCACAGUCAUUGCCAACUCUGGCAUUAGCAGUGACACCGGCCUGGGAGAUUCAGUGUGUUCCAGCCCCAGCAUCUCCAGCACCACCAGCCCCAAACUGGACCCCCCUCCUUCCCCCCACGCCAACAGAAAGAAGCACCGCCGGAAGAAAAGCACAAGCAACUUCAAAGCUGAUGGGAUCUCGGGCACGGCUGAAGCCAAACGCAAAGCUUGGAAACUAAACCGUGUUGGUAGCCUGCGAAAUAUUUACAGCAGCAGCAGCACCAACACCGAAGAGCAAGAAGAAAACUUUGAGUUUAUCAUCGUCUCUCUCACGGGCCAGACUUGGCACUUUGAAGCAACCACCUACGAAGAGAGGGACGCGUGGGUCCAAGCCAUAGAGAGCCAGAUCCUGGCCAGUUUACAGUCCUGUGAGAGCAGCAAGAACAAGUCGCGCCUGACGAGUCAGAACGAGGCCAUGGCCCUGCAGUCCAUCAGGAACAUCAGAGGCAACUCCCACUGCGUGGACUGCGAGGCACAGAACCCUGACUGGGCCAGCCUCAACCUGGGAGCCCUCAUCUGCAUCGAAUGCUCAGGAAUCCACCGCAACCUCGGCACGCACCUGUCGCGGGUGCGCUCCCUGGACCUGGACGAUUGGCCCAUGGAGCUCAUCAAGGUGAUGUUGGCCAUCGGCAACGAGCUGGCCAACAGCGUGUGGGAGGAGAACAGCCAGGGCCACGUGAAGCCCUCCUCAGACUGCUCCAGGGAAGAGAAGGAGCUCUGGAUACGCGCCAAGUACGAGCAGAAGCUCUUCCUGGCCCCGCUGCAGUGCCUGGAGCUCUCUCUGGGCCAGCAUCUCCUGAGGGCCACGGCCGAGGAGGACCUGCGGACGGUGAUCCUGCUGCUGGCGCACGGCACGCGGGACGAGGUGAACGAGACCUGCGGGGACGGGGACGGGCGCACCGCCCUGCACCUGGCCUGCCGCAAAGGGAACGUGGUGCUGCUGCAGCUCCUCAUCUGGUACGGCGUGGACGUGAUGGCGCGCGACGCCCACGGGAACACGGCGCUGGCCUACGCCCGGCAGGCCUCCAGCCAGGAGUGCAUCGACGUCCUGCUGCAGUACGGCUGCCCCGACGAGCGCUUCGCCCUCAUGGCCACCCCAAACCUGUCCAGGAAGAACAACAACCGCAACAACAGCGGCGGGAGGAUGCCCACCAUCAUCUGAGGGGAGCUCGCGCACGUGUUCGCUGACCCGAGUCGCAUCCGCAGCCUCACAUUCCUCCAUCCCCAUCGCAGCUCCGCUCUGUGAGUCUGGUAACUCUCCUUCUCCCUUUUCCCUUGGGUGCAGCCCCAGUCCCGGGCAGAGCGUGCGGAGCGCGGGGGGCGCGGGCGCUGCCGGGCAGGCCGUUGUGCAGCGCCCGCCCCGGGCCGCCAGGGCGCGGCCGCACCGCGCGCGGCACCGGCGGCACCCCGGGGCGCCAGGGCCGGGCGGGGAGAGGCGAGCCGGGGCACGAGGAAGGAGAGACGGUGACUUUCCCUAACUGACAGUGAAGCACAUCAGAACAUUUCACCUCUACGGAACGCGGCGACGCCUGGAUUUCCAUUCUCUUCUCCUGAAGAGCUUGACGGCAUAAAUCAGAAGCAAGCACAGAGUUUGUCAGGUUUGAAGCUCCUAUGAUGGUAUGUGUCAAAUCAGUUGUAGCUAAUCUGUCCAGGGAGAAUACUGGCUUCAUUACACUUGUAUAGUUGAGUUCUUCCAGCAUUACUGCUGUUUAAUAGAACAUGAUUAGUCAUCACGGAGAAAAAAGCAUAUUAGCUGAGGAGGUAGUUACAUGGCACGCUUCGGUGAUUGCUUGGAUGUGAUUGCAAUAUUCUUAGAAGCAUCAUAUUAUCUCAGACAUGUUCUUUCGAGCCCUCGGAGCCCUCCUUUCUAAAUUCACUGUCAUAAUUUAGUAUCUGUUUAAUUUUUCAGUCCAAAGAGAGGAAAUGAGUUGCUGAGUGUUAUUUGACUGCAGUCUCCUUGGUGUAAAAACAAAAUGGAAAAAAUAAAUAAGAGUAAGCCUGAAACACAAAAAAGAAUAAUGAAUACCGCUACGGAAAACAACAUUUCAAGUACGUUUGGUGAAAUUAAUAAACGCAUUAAAGGCUGAUUUUUUUUUUUUAAUGUUUUCAGCCAGCAGAAACAGGUUCUGUCAUUUUGCCAAGGUAAAUUGUGUUGAGUUUUUGGUCACUCCUGUGAUGCAUUGCCUAACUUAUACAGAUUUUUGUAUUGUGUCUCUAGAUUCUAUGUAUUUAAAACCUAUUUGAAUAAAAAAAAAGACCGUAAAUAUACAUUGAUUUUUUUUUUGUACAGAAAAUGACAUCUCUGUUAAUUUAUAAACUGUAAUGGAUGUGAACUAAAUAAUGUGCAACUAGUUAGGAUCUGUGGGUUACAGAUCAUUAUUGUACAUUGAUAAUAUUCCCAGCAGUGAACUCUUCUUUCCAAAGCCUGUGAGGAACAACAUAUCAGAGGGAGAUCAGGGCACGCUUGGCACAGGGAAGAAAGAAAAGCAUGAGACCUUUUAGAAAGGAAAAAAGAGGCUGUUCCUCAGCGCUGUAAAUAUACUUUACUCCAGAAGUCAGGAAGCUUUCACAAGCCAAGACAAAAAGCCCCAUUCUGGCUGGGGGAAGCUCAGAUUUGAUUAAGUUCAGAAUUGAUAGCCUUCACCGCGGCGGGCAGGGCACGGCUGCGCUGUGCUCCCAGCCCGGCUGCUUUCGGCAAGAAAAAUGGCUUGUGCAAGCAGCCUGGACAGUUCAUUGCAGUUCCAAGUUUGAAUACUUGAUCUGAUUCUUUUGGUCUUACCGGGCACAUCCCAGCUCCUCCUGCUCCCCACUAGCAGGAUUCUGGGGUGGGGAAGCAGAGGGUUUGGCAGGCAGAAAAGUGAUUCUUUUAUUGUUGUUGUGUUUUUUCGAAAUGGCAAUGUGGGGAUGAGCAGGGUUUAUCAUGGAGAAAGUUGAAAACUCAACUGAAUUCAAUGGCAAAGGAGCAAUUAGGUGAAGGCAGCGAGGUGCACACAGCAUAGUCAUUUGCUAAUCUACCUGCUCCUGUGUAUUCCCCAAGCCUUCCUUGGUGCUGUUCCUUGGGGCUCUGGGUUCCUUUCAGCACACAAAUGGGAGGAGCAGUGGCUAAAUAAACUGAAUGUGGGCAAAAUGCAAAGGAAAAAUCGUGAUGUGGUUAUCAUAAGGAAAACAAAAACAAAAAAAAAGGAAAAAUGAUGGAUUUGAGGUAAAAUUGUGGCAGAAAAAUGAGCCUCAAGGCGGAAGCACAAGAAUAUUGACCAGCUCCUCCUCUUUGGUGGUGUUGUCCUUUUGUACUUUGUUGUUUUCUAGACCUUUGAGUAUUUGGAGGGAGGGAAUCUUUCUCCAGCCAGCCUGAGCUGACUGCACCACACACAGCUGAUUCCCUUCCCGCUGGGAUACUUCUAAAUAUUGUAAUUUUUUUUUAAUUCAGAAAAGAGGUCUGUUUGAACUGCCAUUUCUCCACCAUUCCUGAUGGUUGGUACUUACAGGUGGUCCCUCAGGGAGGGGACAGCCCAGCUGAUGUGCAGCUGAAGGGGAUGCUGUGAAACCCUCUGUGUGCUGGUGCUCAGGAGCUUUGCCACAGCAGGGAUUCAGGAAUGGCAAUCCCAGAGGUGCUAGAGCUGCCUGCUGCUCUCCCCGGGAGCAUCCAGGGCAUUCAUAUCCCAAAAACCAAGUCCAGUGUUUCAAACCCACAGUGGGCAGAGUUCUCAGUGCACAUUCUGUUUCAGAGCUGGGGUUUUUUCCCUAAUUGAGAUUUAGUGCUCUCCUUGGGCCACCUUCCUCUGACAAGGCUGAGGGUGAUGUUUGAGAAACAAGGGCAAGCAGGCAGAUUUCAGAUAAACAGAUUACGUGGUCCUUCCCUAAAAAUCUUCUGAGGGCAACCCUUGAAAAAGCACAGAAUAUCUUUAGGGGGAGGAAAUUCCAGUGUAUUACAGGAAAAAAUUACGCAUCCAAGCAAGCCAAGUAAUACUUCAAUUAAUUUGUAACAGGUUGCUUUUAACCUAAACGUGGUUUUCCCAUAAGUGUUGGCAUAACUGUGUUGAAGCAGUGUCGAUGUGGGGUCUGUGGGGAGGAUUCCCAGCCCUGCACUGGGCAGAGCUCCCUUGGAAAGUCAGGAGAUCCCAGGAUAUCCUGAGCUGGAAGGGCCCUGCCAGGUGAGGCCACCCAAGUCACUCCUUGCAGGGUGAAGGAGGAAGAAAGCUGCUCCCACCAAGGCAGGGAUGGAGGAAGCUCUCCUUGGCUGCAUCCUGGUGGGGCUUGGCUCUGAGAGCUCCACAGGCUUUUCAGGGCAGUGUUUGCACUUUGCAGAGGCUGCUCUCGGAGCCAUCCAGGUGCAGAGUCAGGCAAGGUCUCCUGGCACUUGGAGAUCCCACAGGAAUCACGGUUCCCAUUGCUUUCACUCCGUUCUCCCACCCCUUUCCUGCUCCUUGUCUUGUGUUUAGCCACUCUCGUUGCUUUUUGGAACCCUCUUGCCAGGCAGUUCACACCCUUUGAGCACGCUGGGAACAAAACAAGCCCUAACUGUGACCCAGUCCAUGAGAAAUCCCAGCAGAAACCCGGCAGCCAAAGCUGUUUUCUCUGGAGUGGUUGUCAUUGUACCCCCCACUUAACCCUUCCCCUCAUCCCAGAUACCUUGAAAUCCCCCUUCCUCUGCACUUUAUCCAUGACUAAAACACUCAAAGUAAGUCAGCCAUUGCUGUUUCUGUAUUUCCUCCUAUCUUUGGCUAAUUUCUGUGGAAUUCAGUUGGAUGUGUCACACCUGAACCUGGGUACUGCUGAGGAGAGUUCUCUUCUCCUUGUUCCUCAUGAAGAAAAAUAACCCAGCCCUGGGAAAAUUCAGGGUCCUGUCCUGAAUGCAGAGAUUUGGCCAAGGGCUCCCCAUACCAGAUUUCCAAUUUUGGUGGUAAAAAAGGAGCAGGGAAAAAAAAAAAAGCCUGGAGAACCUUGGUGCUGCUCAGAAAGCUGGGUGAGCUCCUGGGAGGUGGAGAGGAUUGAAGCAUUUGGGUGCAGUGUAAAAUAACCAUGUAAACAUUACCAUUGUUUGAUUCACUGUCUUGUCUGCUUUCCCUCAAAUUAUGUGUGUUAGUGCAAAAAAAAAAAAUAAAAAGCUUUAGCUGCACUUGGAGAUUUCCCUGGGCCAGAGAAGGUCGAGUCAUGUAGGGAGAGGAGUCGAGGUGGGAAUGCAGAUCCGGGCUUGGAAGUGAUCUCUAGCACUGUAAUGUAGAAUAAUUAGAUUAUAUGGGGUUGGAAUAGCUUCAGCUUUUAUAUUUGUAUGGAGAUCGGGAGAAAUGAAGUAAUUUGUAGUUUCUAGUAUAAAGUAGUGGUAGUGGAGACAAGCACAGAUUUCACAAGGGGGUCCCCAAGGGGCCCUUCCCAAACGUCUCGGGGAGCCGCCUUUGCACCUUAACAGGGAUGGUUGUUGGGGUUUAUUGUUGGUGAAAUGGUCAUUUCGUGUUUGGUUAAGUGGUUGUUGUCAGCAGGGGGCCUCGAGGGAAAGGAGGAGAGCUUUGGGGACCAAACUUUGGGGCAGCUUGGCUGGAGAGGAGACAACUUCCCCAUCCUCAUCUCAUCAUCAGGCAUCUUCCUUCCCCCUCCAGAGGCUGCUGCACCGAUCCUUGGGUGGGAUCUCUGCCUGUUGGGCCUGGAUCCUCAGUUCCACCCCUUCUGUCUUUGAUGAUUUGUGGGUAAAAUUUUCUGCAUAGAAAACCUGGUUUUGGAUGUUCUGGUGUUUUCUGCACAACAGGAAAAAAAAAUAAACAACAAAACCGCUCCAGAGUAAAAUUCUUUUCAAGGUAGAAAAGAAACACUGAGCUACCCCAAAUUAAGAGGUUCUGCUGUGAGUUUUAAGUUCUAAGCUACCAAAAAAAGAAGGUUGGCUUGAAUGGUUUUAUUGGAAAAUAAUCUCCUGUUUGAAAAAAAAAAAAAGGUCAUAGAGGAAAACAUCCAAAGGUGUAGAUGGGUGAAUUUGUUGGUUUAGAAUAUUUGUAGUUUUGCUUUGUUGUUUAGCAUGGGCCAGUGUUUAAAUAUUGGGACAGUUUACCUUGAGUUGGCUGAAUCUGUCCCAUGCUUUAAAGGGAGGUUUGAGGGGUUUUGGCCAGGAGGGUCAGGAGCUCACAUUUUGAGAGGGGAAUUGCAUGAUUUCUAAAAAGUAAAAGGCCGGUUUGGGAUAUUUUUUUAGGGCCAUCUUCAGCCCCAAAUCCCCAAGCAUGUUUCUGGCCCCGUGUUUCGUUUCAGGGUGGCAGCGAGGUGUGUGGGUGAAUGAACUCCCAUUAUUUACUGCCAUGUUCAGGGGGAGAAUUCUGCUUGUGGAUGGAUAAAAUAAAGAUGUCUUUGUGCAUUUCAGGAGUUGUCACCUCCUCAUCUCCCCGUGCCUGCCUGUACCCCAAAGCCCCAUGGCACAUUCAGGCAGCAGCGGUCGCUUCUGUUGGCAGGCAGAGCCUCAGCUUCCCCUCAGCCAUGGAUUUUCUGGAUGUGGGGUUUUUAGCUUCCAGUGCUAAGGACUGGCUGUUCUGCAGUGCUUCAGAGCCACUCAUUUUUACAUCUGUGUGUCCUGUAGGAAAUGUGAAGAGGGGGUGGGUAGGGGACACUUGAGAGGUGUCAUGGCAUGCCUUGGAGACAGUGCUUGCUGGCAAUGAAUGCACCCUCAGCUCUUCCUCGCUUUCUAGAACUGAUCCAUGUGGGUUUUUUGUUGUUCCUGAGAGCUGAAGUAGCUGAAAACAUUUCCCUGGUCCUCAGGAGCUGCAGGGUACGAGGAGGAAAACCCCUCACAGAGAGCUCAAUCGCCUCCGUGCUGAAAGCAAACCCCAAACUCCUGCAGGACCAGGGAAGAGUUUUGAUGCUGAACGUGGGGUUUUGGCACCUGCACCCCGAAUGUAGGGAGUGAGCUGAGUUGAAGCAGUGGAUGAAGUGCAGCCAGGGUGUCCUGAGCCCUCAGGUGUCACCUGGAGGUCACUUUGCACUUGCUAUGUGCGUGUGCUGCUGCCUGCUCCUCACGCUGCGGUCAGUGGUUGUGGGAAUCCCCUUGAUCACCGUCAGGAGCUGGAGCCAGGCUUUGGUUGGGGGUUUCCAAAGGGGCUGGAGUCACACCUCACCUCCAGGGAGGCAGGAUGGAGGACACUGGCUUGAGGGAUGGAGAGGUGCAGGGAGAUGAGGUCCAGGCUUGCUGCAGCCUCAGAGGUUUUUCCCAAAGUCCAGCUCCUUCAGGCUUGGGAAAACCUUGAGCUUGGCCCCCAGGACUGGAGGGGAGAAAUCCCAACUCCCAGCCCUGGGGGUGAGGAGCUCCAGGGAAGGAGAUUCCGAAGGCAGAAAGGACAGAGCCUUUUGUUUCAGAGGCCCUUUUUAAUAUAAAUUGGCUUGAGACUCAUCUUCGUGGCUGGGUCUGAGUGUGGGAGCAGUGGCUGCCGGGGAUUCAGCGAUGCUCCGGGUCCCGCUGCCUUUGGGGCUGUUAACAGGGAGAUGUUUCCAGGGGAGAUGUUCCUAAGAGCUGUCUCCAGGUGGGUUCUUCCCCAGGACAGCUCCUCAGCCCUCCCUCCAUGUGUUCUUGGCCACGACUGGCUCCAAAAUUUUGCCUGGGGGGACCUCAAACCUCAACUGCAGCGGGCUCAGGUGCUGCAGGGAAUGCCUGGCCCAGCAUUGUUGACACCAUUUCUGGCCUGGCUUCGCUGUCUUGUCCUUGCAGGGCAAUCCAUGGGAAGAGGGCAGCUCUGGCAGGGCAGGAAGGAGCUGUGGAGAGGGCCAUGGCUGGGUGUGCAGAAUCCACAUUGAUGAGGAUCUCUCAUUCCCCGCUCCUUCAAUUCCUUUCAAAUGCUGUUGAAACGCACCCCAAGUGUUUUUUACUGAGGUAACCAGGGACUCAGCUGGAUUCUCCACUGAAUCUGCUGAGGAAAUGAGGAUGUACCCAUCCUCUGAGGGCAGCCAGCUCCGUGCAAGCCCCAGGUUCCCAGGGUUUGGCCCAGCUCCCUCUCACUGUGUCACUGUCAGGAGCACCUUUCACUUGUAGACUGCAUGUGAGUGUACAGACCGAGGGGUAUUUGGGGGAGGAGUGUCUCCUAAAACACCAGGGACUCAUUUUGUGGUGGUUUUGACUCAGCUUGGAAUGGCCAAGGGCUCGGAUGUGCAGCUCCUACUGCCUUAAAACCCCUCGGCCUCGGCAGGAUUUGAGCGGAUCCCAAAUGCUCGGCCCUCCCCUGAGCAGCUCCCACCCGCGGCCGCCUGCAAAGGCUGGGUUUGUGUUCAGCCCCCAGAUCCUUCAGGUCUUUCUGCUUUGUGGUGUUUGUCUUUCCAGUUGGGUAGGGAGGGAGCCCAGGUGAGUAGGGGAUACCUGCUCGGGGUAGAGGCAGGAGAUACCUAGCACAUAGCAGGCUUUAUAGCAAGUUUUGGGUUGUUGGGGGGGUUUUUUUGUUUGUUUUCUGUUUCUGUAAAUAAUAAUGUAUAAAUGAUGAUGAGACAGUGUGGAAAUUCUAAAAAAAAAAAGGCAAAAAAAAAAAAGGUCUUUUGUUGUUGUUUUUAUAUUACCUCAUCCAGCAAGUUUGUUUUACAAUGACUCAAUGAUGCUUUAUUUAUAUUGUUUGUACUGUAAUUAAACCGAUUGACAAACAUUUCACUUUGCUUGUUGUUUCCUAUGAUUUGGGUUUGAUUAAGUAUGCCAGUUUGUAUUAUGUUCCCCUUUCCUCUCUCUCUCUCUCCACGUCGAGAUUUUUUGUGUCAGCUGUACAGUAUUCUGAAUAAUUAAAAAUAAAAGUAAAAAAUUAAAAAAAAAGAAACAAAAAAGCUGUAAAGUACUGCAGAGAGAGGCUGCUAUAUUGUAUAGGUCUCUUUCUAAUAAAGACAAGAAAACCUGUUGGUUGCAGCUUGUUCUUCA